AUGAGAGGAAAAUACAAAAGAAGGGACAGCAGCGACAGCGGUGACGAGACGGCUGACGUCGCCCCGGGGCUCUCUCCUCGUCCCGGGGAAACCGCGGCGGGCUUGGCCGAGCCGGACACGCUUUUCCCGGGCUUCACCCUCCAGGAUGACCUUUGGAGGAAAAAGGGUGUAAGACAUCCCACAUGUGACAGUGAGAAGGUCUACCUCGGAGUUCGUGUCAAGUGCCCAGUGAGGGAUCUUCUGAGGAAAAAGCGUCUAGCCCAAGGCUGGGAACCUCAACAUUUUCAGGAGGCGUUCGGCAAAACAGUCAAAGGAGACAAGAAACGUGUCAGAACUCGCACAGGACACCAGACCACCAAGAAAAUAUGUCUCAAAAAAAGCCUGGAGGAGCUGGCAAUCAUCGUGGAGGUGUUGGAAGAGGAUCUUAGGGCCAUCAACACCCACCACUCCCUUUCCCACACUCUGUCCUCUAACCCUCCGGUGUCCCCUGCGCAGUCUCCAGCUGGGUACAACAGUGACGAGUCUGAUGAAAUCUUCCCCAGCCCACAGUCCUACAUGUUGUACCCACUGGGCGAAGUGGAGUACUACCAGGCCCCGUCGCCUCUCGGCUUCAUGCACACCAGCCUUCAGCCUUCCAGCAUUGCAGGUGUGAAAAGAGACAGUGUAGGAAGGGAGGAGUGGCUUGAUCCCCAGAACCACAACUGGAACAUGAACAGCUCUGAGUUCUUCUGGGCCCAGCUGCAGAAAGAAGAGAGCCAGAUGAGGGACAUCUCUGAUGCAACACUACUGACCACCGAUAAACAUGGCAAAACGUCUCUCCAUAAAGUAUCAUGUGUCGGAAAGAGGGCACUGGGUUACGCCAUCGCCAAAAGGAUGUCUGUACUCAACAGCCUGGACCUUAAAGACUCUGAUGGAAUGACCGCGCUGCUGCAUGCUGCAAAUCACAACCAUCACCUCAUGGUGGCAGAUUUGAUCUGUUUGGGGGCAAACGUCAAUGAGACCAACAACUCAGGAAAGUCCUGCCUCCACCUGAGCGCUGAGAAAGGCUACAUCCGAGUCCUGGAGGUUCUUAAACACUCAAUGAUGAAUGGUGUGUAUGUUGACAUCGAAGCCACUGAUAACUGCGGAAUGAGCGUCCUUCAGUGUGCCUCAGUGGCUCUGAAGGCCACAGUACGUGAGCUGGAGAGCAGUAGAUCUCCCAGUCAGACCAGACUCCACACGCUCCGCCAAGAGCAGAUGAUGGAGACCCUGGAGUGUCUGCUGCACAUGGACAGCUACCUUCACACCAUGGUGCAUCACCCUAUGAGAGCUAAGGGAAGCUGGAGCAUGCAACCUAGAAUUGGUUGAGCCUCUGGCCCCCCCGCCUGGCAGGGCACUUUGGAGACCCAACGGUAAUGUUCUGAUUUGGUUCAGGCCUGAAUUUAUCAUGGAGAGACCUCAAUUAUUGGGGUUCUUUUCACUCUGAGAAUGAGUUCAGGCCUGUAAUGUAAAGCAUCUGAUGUUUUGUGUGGUGUAAAAAUGCCUGACUUGCAAUCAGGUGUUUAUGGUUACAUGCACAGAAACGUCAGGUGCCCAUUGGCUGGUUUCUGCGAAACUUCCAUUGUUUGUUACAUUUGAGUAACAAGUUGUUUUCAGUGAGAUUCAUAUGUAAAAUCCUAUGAGAAUAUUUUUUAAAUGUUACAUGAGAGUAAAUUUACAUUUUGGGAUUUCUUCACACUGGUUUUAUGGGUCCAGGCAUGUUUUAGAAGCCUGGCCCCUAAAUACCAUAUUUUAUGGUAGGGAGGGACAGUCAUGUUUUCUUUAUGGACAUAGUUUAAGCUUGGCUUGUAUUUAAGCAGCAGCGCCACAGUUUGUUGCUGUAUAUGAUCCAAAAAUCCUUGAUUCUGUCUUUUGUCAAGAAUCCGGCAAUAGAUUUGUUAUUCUCUUAUACAAACUAACCCUCCCCACUGGGACCCAGCUUAGUGAAAGAGCUUUACAGCCAUUGAUUUUACCUAAUGUUCUUGAGGAUAUGACACUUUUACUAAGUAUUGUAAGGUGAUGGGGAGUGAAUAUAGUUUGCCACUUAGGAUACACUCACUGAGCACUUUCUGGGAAACACCUGCAAUAAUCCACUCCGUCAAUCCUGUCAACCCUGUUGCUGGAGCACAUUGUACAAAACCACAAAGGAGUAGGUCAGAAACUUCCUUUUAAUGUUUAUAUCAAUUAAAAAUGUGGAACAAGUGUGAUGUCAAUGACUCUGACACAGUUGUUGGUGCUGAACUGGUUUCAGUACCAGUCCCUAUCAGAAGUAGGUAAACACGUAAUUUAUUUUCUUUAAAGGACAACUUCCAGAGGGAUAAACGUUGUGUGUUGUAAACUGUGACAUGUAAGCCAAAGAUGUGCCAGUAGUAUUUGCACAUUGUCACUUUAUUUCUAACGCAGAUUAUAUACAGGCCUACAGACUUUAGGGUGAGACAACUAUGAUAUUGCGUUUUUAGUCAACUAAGUAGUCUAUGGGCCAGUGCUUUCGGUCACAUGGAUCAGACGGUUUGGCCAGAGUGUGUCUCCAUUCUAAAAUUAUCAUUAUUUUUCAAGUGGCUGUUUGCGAGUAUUACUAAAUAAAUGUCACAGUUUGCAAACAUUACAAAUAUUACAAAUAUUUCGAUAUAAAUUAUUCUACUGCUUCGAGCCCCAAAUUAAUGGGUUCUUUUCUGACCAGUACCAAAUCCGUGAUUCCUCGGUAAUCCAUCCAGUGGUUGUUGUGUAAUGUUCACAAACCAACAAACAGACAGGGGUGAAAACAUAAACAACAUCAGAGGAAAGAUUCAAGCGUCUUGUCCAAUCAGCGAUUCAGCUGAGGAUGUCUGAGAGCAAAUUGACAUUGGUGGGUGUAGACUAACUAUUUGUAUGGUGUUGCUAAUGAAGUGCUCAGUAAGUAAAUAGCUAAGUUUGUCUACAGAGACACUGUUGUCUGUAAAAUAUGUUAUUGUGUUAAAAGGACAGUUUGUGUUGUGCCUUCUUACUGAGGGUGAGAGGAGAGCAUCAGUUAAUCUCUUUGUGUUCUAUAGAAAAGUGGUAAAUUUAGCCAAAUUAGCUUAACACUGAAAGUGGGGUGUGAAGAUCAAGUAAAAAAUGCUUUCCAAAAACUGUCACUAGUGUACAUUGUAUCAUAACUGAGGUAUUCAUGGGAGCUGGGGCACUUGAUUUUGCCUCAGAUCAGUUUAGGCCAUGUGAUCCAUGCAGUCACUAAUUUUCUUUCAAAUAUAUAUUGGAAAAGUUUUUUAUUCACAAAUGAAUAGUAGUUUGUUUGCUAGUGGCUCAAACAAGGAUGCUGGUAUGAGGUAUUUUUCUCUACUGUUUUUAUUUUUGGUCAAUAGAAGACAAUGGGAUUCAUUUUCCAGUGAGUGGUCAAAGUUAUGUAUACUCAUACUUCUGUAAUAUUUGUUGUGUAUUUUUGAAUUAUCUUCUGUGUUUUGUGUGUUUGUUACGACUGAUGAUAUUCAUACAAUUAUUUUUAAGACUAAUCAAUAUUUUUAGUUACUGAUUAAAGAGACAUUAAAUGGU